GGAAGAUGGCCCAGUUGUUUCUAAAGGCUGUGUACAUGGAAGGCACAGCCCUACAACCAGUGGAAGUCAUAUUUCCCCUCCUUUCCUGGGCUACCUACUGGACUUGGGUGUCCUUUCUUCAGAUCCUUAACUGUAUGACCCGUUCUGCCCACCCCCAGGAUCCCAGGCAAUGGUGGCUCCCUCAAGGCCCAGCAAUCUGAUUAGUGUAUUGUCAUAAAAGAGAGUCGUAAUCCGCUCAUCAGGAGAAGGAUAAAUUCCUAGGCCAGUGUUCUGCUGACCCAGGUCCAGACAACCGGCACCCGUGGCUUCCUGAGAUCUGUCCAGUGCUUGCCUGCAUGAGGACACCAGCCCAGCCUGACAGAGUCCAGAAGCUAAGGGUCACUGCAGUGUCUCUGCCAGCCUCACCAUGAACCUGGAGCCACCCAAGGGUGAGAUUCGGUCAGCCACCCGGGUGAUAGGAGGACCAGUCACCCCCAGGAAAGGACCACCUAAGUUUAAGCAGCGGCAAACAAGGCAGUUCAAGAGCAAGCCCCCCAAGAAAGGCGUGCAAGGGUUUGGGGAUGACAUCCCUGGAAUGGAAGGCCUGGGGACAGAUAUCACUGUCAUCUGCCCUUGGGAGGCCUUCAAUCACCUAGAGCUGCACGAGCUGGCCCAGUAUGGCAUCAUUUAGUCAGAUCGCUGCUAUGUGAGCCCUGGGGAAGAAACCUGCUGAAGACCCCCUCCCCCCUCUCCCCUCUGCAAACCCUGUCCAGGACCCAAGCCUGAGCCUGAGUCCCUAGCCAGGUUACCGUGGCCUCCCCCAGGACAACCACAGGCCCUGACACCAGCUACUGAGAGCCUACAGCCUCCCACAGGAUACCCUGUUGACCUGAAGCAACUGGUCAGCAGAAAGAAGGGAGUGGGACCCAGCCCCACCUCCUGUCCUUCUUGUGGCUGUAAUGCAGGGCUCCCCAUUGUUCCCCUGAACUGCCUUCUGAGGGUGAGAAAGUUCCUCUGUCUUGUAGCCCUUCCAGAUGGGUGUCUUGGGGUGGGACACUGUCCUGGGGUGAGGUGGCAAGAGAGACUAAGCUACUCCAUUUGUUAUAACAACCUUCCCAACAUACUCUUGUCCCUUGUCUCUAUUUCAAAAUAAAGUCAGCAUGUCCUUGC